GAAAAAUAAAUUAGCCCCGCGGUCACUGUUGUUGCUUCGUCAGCUGUUCACAGACGAAAAAUUUUCCUUCGGCGUUUCAGGGCUACAUAAAUUACCACGAUGUCGACUUAUAAACCGGUGACGCAUGUUAUUUUCGACAUGGAUGGACUUCUCUUAGACACUGAGAGGCUGUACACCGAGGCCACACAGGUGAUUGCUUCGCAGUAUGGCAAGGUGUACACUUGGGAGAUUAAGGUCCAGUUGAUGGGUAUGAAGGGGCACAUGGCUGCUCAGCAUAUCAUUGACAGCCUCCAGCUGCCUCUGACAGUUGAUGAGUACCUUGCCAAAAUCGCAGAACAGUACAAUAGUAUCUUUCCUAAUGCAAAAGCUUUGCCAGGUGCAGAAAAGCUUGUAUAUCACCUCCAUAAACACAACAUUCCUAUUGCCAUAGCAUCAGGGGGAGCUCAGGAUAGUUUUGAGCUCAAGACAACCAAUCACAAGGAAUUAAUGUCCAAGUUCAGCCACGUGGUGUUGGCCUCCACGGACCCAGAAGUGAAAAAUGGAAAACCAGCUCCUGAUGUGUUUCUUGUAUGUGCUAAUAGGUUUCCUGAUACACCAAAGCCUGAAAAGUGCUUAGUGUUUGAGGAUGCACCUAAUGGAGUAGCAGCAAGUGUGGCAGCAGGAAUGCAGGUCGUAAUGGUCCCAGAUCCUCGCAUGAAAGAGGAAAUGACCAAAGGGGCUACUCAGGUCCUCAAGUCGCUAGAAGAUUUCAAGCCCGAGCUCUUUGGGUUGCCACCUUAUGAUGCAUAGGUCAUUUUCACUGCAAUUUGUUUUGAGACAUCUCAAUGAUUUUGUUUUUUUUCUUUUCUAUACUUUGCAGACUGUACAGUAUUAAAUGUAUUAUUUUUUUUAUAAUGUUUUACUGGGGUUUCAUAUUACAGGAAUUGUAAUUGUUCUUAAAUUACUGAAAGGUGUAUGGUUGUGAUUUUUAAUAAACUGUCAGCUGUAUAAAUGUAAAAAUAUGUAUUUUUAACUUAUAAUAUAUGAGAUAAUUGAAGUAAAUUGUGUAAUUAGUAACUUUUGAAUAAUCUUCAAAAGUUGAAAAUACCAUUAAGGAAAUGUUUGCCUGGUACUGCUGUCCAUGAUCUACAAAUAAUAAAAUCUUGUACUUGCUACAAACCAUUUUCACAAGUAAAAGUUUAUCUCCA